UGUGAAUGUGUCCAGUUGGUUCAGAUCUGAGGCUGCUUUUAUCAGUAUAUAUAAACAUCUCUCUCCCUUCCAACUGUUUCAAGACUCAAACUCUCCCCCUCACUCUUCACUCAUAUACAACAGUUCUUGAGGUUGUGUGUGCUUGCGAAGAUGGUGAAGAUCUGCUGCAUUGGAGCUGGAUACGUCGGGGGUCCGACGAUGGCCGUGAUUGCCUUGAAGUGCCCUUCGAUUGAGGUGGCCGUUGUUGAUAUCUCCGUCUCCCGGAUCACAGCCUGGAACAGUGACCAGUUGCCUAUAUACGAGCCAGGCCUGGAGGAUGUCGUGAAGCAAUGCAGGGGGAAGAACCUCUUCUUCAGCACCGACGUCGAGAAGCACGUCUCGGAGGCUGACAUCAUCUUUGUCUCGGUUAACACCCCGACGAAGACUCGGGGCCUAGGCGCUGGCAAGGCUGCGGACUUGACGUACUGGGAGAGCGCGGCCCGGAUGAUUGCCGAUGUGGCCAAGUCUGACAAGAUUGUGGUCGAGAAAUCGACCGUCCCGGUGAAAACUGCUGAGGCUAUCGAAAGAAUUCUGACCCACAAUAGCAAGGGCAUCAAGUAUCAAAUCCUUUCCAACCCGGAGUUUCUGGCCGAGGGGACGGCGAUAGAGGACCUGUUUAGCCCUGAUCGUGUCCUCAUUGGAGGACGGGAGACCCCCGACGGGCAGAAAGCUAUCCAGGCCCUGAAAUCGGUUUACGCUCAUUGGGUGCCUGAAGAGAGGAUCAUCUGCACGAAUCUCUGGUCGGCGGAGCUAUCGAAGCUUGCAGCUAAUGCGUUCUUGGCUCAGAGGAUCUCGUCUGUCAAUGCAAUGUCGGCACUCUGUGAGGCCACAGGAGCAGACGUUGCGCAGGUCGCCCAUGCUGUCGGUAAGGACACGAGAAUCGGCCCUAAGUUCCUGAAUGCAAGCGUCGGUUUUGGUGGCUCGUGCUUCCAAAAGGACAUCCUCAACUUGGUUUACAUUUGCGAGUGCAAUGGCCUAACUGAAGUUGCAAACUACUGGAAACAAGUAAUAAAGGUGAACGACUACCAGAAGAACCGGUUUGUUAACCGUGUCGUGUCAUCGAUGUUCAACACUGUUGCAGGCAAAAAGAUUGCCAUUCUUGGAUUUGCAUUCAAGAAGGAUACGGGCGACACAAGGGAGACUCCAGCGAUCGACGUGUGCACAGGGCUGCUAGGUGACAAGGCUCGGUUGAGCAUAUACGAUCCUCAAGUGACGGAGGAUCAAAUCAAGAGGGACUUAUCGAUGAACAAGUUCGAUUGGGACCAUCCGGUUCACCUUCAGCCAGCUAGUCCACUCUCCGUCAAGGAGCUGAGCGUAGUUUGGGACGCGUAUGAGGCUGCAAAAGACGCACACGGCCUCUGCAUCCUAACCGAAUGGGAGGAGUUCAAGACACUCGACUACCAAAAGCUAUUCGACAACAUGCAGAAACCAGCAUUCGUCUUUGAUGGCAGGAACAUUGUGGAUGUGAAGAAGCUAAGAGAAAUCGGGUUCAUCGUUUACUCAAUCGGGAAGCCGCUGGAUCCAUGGCUGAAGGACAUGCCUGCUGUGGCAUAGACAAGAACUGAGCUGAUGCAGUAGUGAGAACAGAAUUGUGAGAGGAUGAUCAGAUUCUUUGGAUUGUUUCCAUUCUCUGUGCUGAAUACUUGUGUCUGAAUAUUAAGUUUUGGUGAAGGAUAUGUGUCUGGUCGUUUGUGUUGCAGUGUAAAACUAUGGCUUUGAGUCCUUUUUAUAUGCUUCUUAUGAUAAUUUCAAAUACUUUUAAUUUUCAUAGUAUCAUAUUGUUAUUCCCU